AUGCUUCGCAAGACGAUGCCAGACGUACUAUCGCCCGAAGAAUGCUCUUCCAUCAUUGCCGCAGGCGAAACAAUUGAGUUCAUUCCUGACGCACCGUUGCGGCCACAAGGUGAAGAUACCAGUGUCCUUGCACACAACUUCUACUGGGUCGUCGACCAAUCCUUUCACGAUAAGCUCUGGGAAAGAGUAAGAGCAUUCGUGCCGGAAUCGGUUGCUGGGAAGAAGGUUCGAGGUAUCAACAGACGUUUCCGCGUGUAUCGCUACGUCCCUGGCGCCGAGUACCGCUGUCAUAUUGACGGCGCAUGGCCCCCCUCAGGCAUCGACCCAGCAACCGAUACCUACCAAUACGACUCUUCCCCUCCUGACGCACGCCAAUCGUCCCUCUUCACCUUCCUCAUCUACCUCAACGACGACUUCCGCGGCGGCGAGACAACGUUCUUCAUCCCAAGUGUCAAGGAAGGCGUCAUUAAUGCAUACCCUGUAAAGCCGAUCAUGGGCAGCGUGGCUGUGUUCCCGCACGGUGAGGCGCAUGGGGCGUUGUUGCAUGAGGGGACGGGGGUGGUGGAGGGCGCCAAGUACGUCAUCAGGACGGAUGUGGAGUAUGAUGUUGAUGCUACAAACUACUCUAAGCGAUGA